UGGAUUUGAUUUUCCGGAAAUUGUUUUCCAACUUUUUCAGUGUUUGUUUGGAAGAAAACAUUUUUCAUUUAGAAAAUCAACUCCAAAACACGGGAAAAUCCCUUACAAUUUUUGGGAAAUUGUCUUACCGUUUCAAUUUCCGUAUGACAUUUUCCUAAAGCUCUCAGGCAUUUUCUCCCUUCAUCCAGUAAGCUACCUUCAUCCAUUCUUCUCCCUUCCUUCAUUCCUUCAAAUUUUAGUGAGAAAACUUCCCUGAGAAAAACGUCGACAACCGAUUUUCCAGUAAUCCCCCACUCUCCUCGCUAUCGAUUAUCGUUGGGUUUUUCAUUUCCUCGGUUCCCUCCUCUCCUGAUCAGGAGAAGGCGUCUAGAUAGGAAAAAGCAACAAUCAAAAAGAAAUGUUUUCUAGUGCUUUGUUUUUGGUCCAGCGAACGUUGGGAAAUCUGUAUUGAUGAAUUCUUUUCUUGGCAGGCCCUAUUUGGAUUCAUAUUCUCCAACUGCUGAUGAGCAAUACGCUGUGAAUGUUGUGGAAUUACCUGGGGGAAUAAAGAAAACUCUAUUCUUGCUAGAAAUCCAUGAGGACGGAGUUUCAAAAUUGCUGUCUAGUAAAGAGUCACUGGCUCCUUGUGACAUAGCUGUAUUUGUUUAUGACAGUUCUGAUGAGUCUUCAUGGAAGAGAGCAACUGAAUUGCUCAUGGAUGUUGCUGGUGAUGGUGAAGACACUGGUUAUGAGGUGCCUUGCUUCAUUGUUGCUGCUAAAGAUGAUCUAGAUUCAUUUCCAAUGGCAAUACAGAAUUCUACCAGGGUUAGCCAGGAUAUGGGGAUAGAGGCACCUAUACCUAUCAGCUCAAAAUUGAGUGAUUUCAAUAACAUAUUUCGAAGGAUAGUAAAUGCAGCUGAGCAUCCUCACUUGAGCAUUCCUGAAACUGAGGCUGGGAGAAGCCGUAAGCAGUACCAUCGGCUCAUAAACCGAUCUCUCAUAGUUGUUUCAGGUAUGCUGAUUGUCUGGCAUCUCACAACUGUUCUAUUCUUAAUGCACUUGAAACUUGGGGUUGUUGAAAAUGUUGGUGACCAUGGUUAGAUUUUCUGAUGACUUCUUGUUGUGCACAUAUUUUACUUUUUUCUCCGUGUUGGUGUGGGGGAAAUCACUAUUUCUUUCCUUUUGUCCACUUGCUUACAGUGUUUGCACCUUAAACCUUUUUACAAGUUAUAGUGUGAUUUUGUUUAAGCAUAUAUGUAUUUGAAGUUUUUCGUAGCAAAAAUUAUCUUUAAACAAUCUGAGAUGGUACGAAGUUGCUUCAACUUGAAUGGCAUGCUCCUUUAUUUUUAUCAUUCACUAUAGUGAACUG